AUGAAGCUCAGCUCGAUUGUCGCGAGUGGCUUCAUACAAGUAUGCUUUGCAGCAGCACGGAGCAACUUCAAGAUCCACGAACAGCGCCAAAACGUGCCAUCGGAAUUCUCCAAAACCCGAGAGGGCGAUGCUUCAGCCCCUGUCAAUGCCCGAAUCGCUCUCAAGCAGAACAAUAUUGAGAGCGCCGAGACCUUGAUACACGAGCUCUCCAAUCCAGACUCGCCAAAGUUUGGGCAGCAUCUUUCCCCUGAAGAGAUCACGAACCUCUUUGCCUCGAGCAACGAAACAAUCGACAGCGUGCGUCAGUGGCUCAUUACAUCCGGCGUACCAUCCGGAUCUAUUCAAGUUCCCCCUUCAAAGACCUGGAUUCAUUUCAACACCACAGUUGGAGAAUUGGGACAACUGCUUCAAACUCAGUAUCACGAAUACACCAGCAGAAACUCAAAAGGUGUCUAUCUAGGCACCGAGUCUUAUAGCCUGCCGAAAAACAUCUCGCCUCUGGUCGAUUUCAUUUUGCCGGCUACCUCAUUCACCCAAAUACCGAGAUCUGCCGUCUUCAUGAACAAAUUGCAGAGUAAUGUCACUGUAGACCCAGACUCCUUGGAAACAUGUGACAAGAAUAUAACUCCAAAGUGCAUCAGGGCUUUAUACGGUAUUCCUGUUGCUACUCUCAAGGACAAAAGCAACGCCCUGGGUGUGUUUGAGACUGACGACAUGUCCCACAGCCAAGAAGACAUUGACCAGUUCUAUCGCGACAUGAAGCUGGAUAUCCCUCAGGGCUUCGGGCCUGAGACUGUGAGCAUCAAUGGUGGAAUAGGGCCUGUGCCGCAGAAGGAUGCUGGUGUCGAGGCGGACCUAGACAUGCAAAUUGCGCAGCCACUCAUCUACCCGCAGAAGAUCCUCAACUACCAGGUCAAAUACUCAUACAGCAACACCACAAACUUUAACUACGUCUUCAACGAUUUUCUCGACGCCUUUUCCGGACCUUUUUGCAAGGAUAACGGCAACGAGGGCAGUGGAAAGCAGUGCAACAAGUUGGCAAUCCCCCAUGUCCUGUCCAUAUCCUGGGGCGUUCGCGAGGACCCAAGUUUGGUCAGCUUUCACAAGCGUCAAUGCACAGAAUGGAUGAAACUCGGCCUAGCUGGUACGAGUGUUUUCGUGUCCAGCAGCGACUGGGGCGCUCAAGACGGCAACCAAUGCUACGGCUCCAGGCACGACAUCUUUGUUCCAAACGGCGUCUGUACCUGCCCCUAUAUCACGGGCGUGGGGGGCACUUUGUUGCCUGAAGGCAGAAAAAUUGGCGAUAACGAGACUGCUUCCAAGAGUUACGCCAGUGGCGGCGGUUUCAGCAACAUCUUUCCCGUACCAGCUUGGCAGAAGACUGCCAUGUCAAACUAUUUCUCCAAACAUGCCCCGAGUUAUGAGUUUUACAACAUUACGGAUGGCAAAGUGCCCGAUUCCGGCCACGGCAUAUACAAUCGUGGUGGCCGCGGCUUUCCCGACAUUAGCGCAACCAGUGAGAAUGGAUACACCAUCUACCGAGGCGAGUACAGCAGCGGCUCCGGGACAUCCAUGGCCACUCCCAUCGUUGCGUCCAUGUUCAACCUCAUCAACGAAGAGCGCCUCAAGGCUGGCAAACCCUCGCUCGGCUUCAUUAAUCCCGCCCUGUAUAAGCUGUUCGAAAAGGGCGGAUUCUAUAAUGAUAUCACAGAGGGGGAUCAGUUUACUAGGCUGGGCUACAAUUGCGAAACGAUCGGUGGCUUCUCGGCCGUGCCUGGCUGGGAUCCUGUCACGGGUGUUGGUACGCCGAAAUACGGCGCGAUCCGCGACUAUUUUGUCAACUUGUAG